GCCAUUAAGGAUUUUUAUCGCAAUUCGGGGACAAUCGAAGAGAACAUUACAUUGCUAGGCUAUGAUGAGAAGCCUAUGGAUUUCGACAACAGUGAAAUGAAGUUCUUCAAGUGCUCGUACAAAGUUGGGCCCAUCAAAUUCAACAGGUUUAUCAAGAGGGGUGUUACAAGUUCGAAGGAUUGGGCUUCAGACUACCAUUUUGUCAGAGCUUUGGCACAUCCUGCUGCUAUCCAAGUUGAAAAUUACGUCAAUUCAGAGUGUGUGAUCAUCUCUGAAGUGGAUGGGUCCUUCAGCAAAUGGUUGAACAAAAGGAAACCCAUUGAACUGUUCGCUGAUGGCACCAUGCUGCCCAUCCUCAGAAAUAUGACCAUCCAACUUGCAAGUCUGGUGAAAAGUAUUCUUGCUAAGGAAGUAUCCCCGAGGUAUCGUUGCAAAGGAAGAAUUCUCAAUGAAAGAGCUAUACGUCAAGCUGCUUCCUGAUAAGACACCAAAGCUACAGGUGCUGAUAC